CCCCAUAGACCCAUAUAGGCCCCCCAUAGGGCACCACAAGUUGCGGUCCCCCCCUCUUCCUGCGCCAUGUUGGCCGUGAAGGUGAAGGUGGAGAAGCCAGAGCUGGAGGCUGCGGCUGCCCGGAGCCGCUUGGAUUCGGUGCUGCAGGAGCUGAUGGAGCGGAGCCGGGGGCCACGCGAAGCCAUGGAGGAAGAGACGGGAAAAGCACCUGGAGAUGCAAUAACCAAGGAAGCAUCGCCCAGCGCCCCCGGGAAGAGCCGUGCCCCCCCCCCAAGGCCCUCGGGCCGCUUCUCGCAGCAGCGCAGGAAGAAGCGCCGGGAGGCGGAGGAGGGCCCGGACCCUGUGCAGCGCCCCAACACAUACGUGAUCAAGCUCUUCGACCGCAGCGUUGAGCUGGGGCAGUUCCCUGAGGGGACCCCCCUGUACCCCGUGUGUCGUGCCUGGAUGCGGAACUGCCCCACAGCUCCUGCCCCACAUCCUGCCCCCCACACGGCUCCAGCCCCACACACCGCUUCAGGCCCGCGACCGCAGGCAGCUGCAGGGAAUGUUGGAAAGGGGCAGGACAUCUACGAGCUGCCCCCUCCCGCCCCCCCGGGGCCCCCCCGGAUCCCCUCCCCCCUGGGGCCUGAGGAGGGGGCGCCCCCCCCAGACCAGCUGCCUGACCCCGCCCCCCCGAUUUCAUCUCUCAUCUACAAGAACAUGGAGCGGUGGAAGCGUGUGAGGCAGCGGUGGCGGGAGGCGGGGCAGCGGCAGCAGCAGCGCUAUGGGCCCAGCCUGAGGCUGCUGCGCCUCAUCUACGAGCGGCAAUAG